AUGUCGGCCGUCUCCGCGCUCUACGUGAAACGAAGCGAAACGAAACGAAUGAGGAGAAAAGAAAAGAACAAAGGUAGUAGAAUCACGAGGGGGGGAGGAGUGGAGAGCGAUAGAAAAAUUGGUCGAAGGAUGGAUCGUUGUUUGAACGAAAGGUCGUAAGAAUAUAAGUUUCUUCUACGGAGACCCUGUCGCAGGGUAAAAAGAAGCGAGAGGGUGGUCCACCGACCGGAGCUACGACAGGACCGAACGAGAUCGUAACCUGCACCAAUUGCGGACCCAAUCCUUGCACGCACACCACCACCAACGGAUGCACAGCCGAGCUGAGAAAAAAGGAACCACCGCAUCCGAUAAGAGUGGCAAAGACGAUCGACGUGAUAGCAAGAAUCACCUUCCCGGUCGCCUAUUUCAUGUUCCUCACCUUUUUCUUCAUCCACUACAAAGGCACCUCGUAGACCGACACCAGAGGCACAACCAGAGUUCGAAAAGAAUUCCACCGUUGAUCAUCGAAAAAAGACACCGUCUCUCCGCGUGAAUUUUAUUUCAAUUUCAAUUUACCAAAGAGAAUUCGAAGCUAAGGUUCGAGGAGGGUAGGUCGACCCGGAAGUCG